UUGUUGAAUAUGGCGGAAAAACAAAGUACAAAAGUUUCGGCAGAUAAUGGGCAAUGAAUUCUCUAGCUUAAAUUGACUUAAUCCGUGUGUUAAUCGUUACUGACGCGUGUUUACGUUUCUCAUGUGAUGUGUUACUCAGCAGAAGAGGAGGACUUCUUCAAUGCCGAUAAUAUAAGACAGUAUUGUUAAUUUGGUUUGCUAGUUUCCAAACUGAGUGCCUUAAAAUGAGUAUGAAGAGGAUUCGCCGCAGGCUUUCUCAGACGUUCCGUUUCAGCAUUGAAGGAUCGUUAUCUGAGUUAGCUGAACAGUUGACUAUUGAUAAUAAUGAAGAAAUUAAGAAGAAUGGUGUUGUUUCUGGAUUUUCGGAAUUCAACAGGAAGCUUUCACUGUCACAUUCUCGAAUUCUGGAACCAACGCAGCAUGGAGGUGUAGUGUAUGAGAAUCGACGGUUUGGAUCUGAUGGAGAAUCAGAAGAGGCAUCAGGAACUUCAGAUGAAGUAAUGUCUCCAGCUCCUGUGAAACUUCGUCCAAAAUGUCGGAGACUGAGUGAGCAAGACAUUAACAAGCGACUGUCAUUACCUGCUGAUCUUCAUCUUCCGGAAUCUUUUAUUGCAAAGCAAAAUGUGAGUCCUACAAUUGAGGGUCCACUCACACGUGCUACGAGAAGGCAAUCACUUUCAGAGAUUGGAUUUGGGCGUAUUGAAACGUAUACAAAGUUAGAUAAACUUGGGCAGGGCACAUAUGCAACUGUUUUCAAAGGAAAAUCACGGCUGACUGAUAACCUUGUUGCCUUAAAAGAAAUUCGCCUUGAACAUGAAGAAGGCGCUCCAUGCACAGCAAUAAGAGAGGUUUCUUUACUUAGGGAGCUCAGACAUGCCAACAUAGUGACAUUACAUGACAUAGUUCAUACUGAGAAGUCUCUCACCUUAGUGUUUGAGUAUUUAGAAAAGGAUUUGAAGCAAUACAUGGAUGAGUGCUGCAACAUUCUCAGCAUGAACAAUGUAAAGAUAUUCCUUUUCCAGCUUCUUCGUGGUCUUGCGUACUGUCACCGAAGGCGAAUACUACAUAGAGAUCUUAAGCCACAAAAUCUCUUAAUAAAUGAAAAGGGUGAACUAAAGCUGGCUGAUUUUGGUUUGGCUAGAGCAAAGUCUGUUCCUACAAAAACAUACUCAAAUGAAGUCGUAACACUUUGGUACCGCCCACCAGAUGUGCUUCUCGGUUCUACAGAGUAUUCAACUCAGAUUGAUAUGUGGGGUGUUGGGUGCAUCUUUUAUGAGAUGGCAAGUGGCAGACCACUUUUUCCAGGAUCUACAGUUGAUGAGGAGCUAAGACUUAUUUUUCGGGUGCUGGGUUCACCCCCAGAGGAUGCCUGGGGUGGUGCUGCUGCAUCAUAUGCACAUCCUUACAAUCCUCCUACACCACUGAAUUCUUGGGCUCCUCGUUUAGAUGCAGAUGCCACUGAUUUACUCACAAAGUUCCUCAAUUAUGAAGCCAAAAAACGCAUAUCUGCAGCAGACGCAAUGAAACAUCCCUACUUCCAUUCACUGGGAUCAGCAGUUCAUAAACUACCUGAUGUUGCUUCUAUCUUUACGAUUCCUGGAAUACAAAUUACUAGAGAUCCUGGAUCUCAUUUCCCAAAGUCAACAACAAGUGGGAGAAAUCGCCGGCAGAGUAUGUUGUUAUGAGACCCUGCUCAAUGUAGAAGAAUACAUUGUAAAUAGUUUUAUUAUUGACUGUGCAUUCAGACAGGACAACUACUGAAAAUAGUAAAUACGUUAUUUUUUGAUGAUCAUAUUACCUGUGCCUGUUAGAAGUGUGUGGAAAUGUUUACUUUUUACCGUAUUUCAAUAUUCUCAGAAAAAGGUGCAAGAUUGAUGCAGUCUUCUCUCUGAAGUUGAUAAUUCAUUGGAAGAACAGAAUUACUCGAGUGUGAGAAAUUAUUAUUGUUUUAUUGAAAGUGUAUAUAUCUAUAUAUGGAUCAGACACACAAUGUGAGUGAAGGUCAUUUCAAAGCAGAAUGUUAUUUUGGCAAACUAUUUAAGUAGCUGCCAUUUUUCCAAAUAAUGAUUGAAAGUUUUUCUUGGUAGUAAAUGAGUAGUACUUUUAGUACAUGGUUGAUUAUUUGUUGUGCUUAUAAACAAAGCUGACUACAUGUCCGCAAUUGUUUCUGAAGAACCUGACUACCCAUGCUGGUCAUGGAAUGGUGAGCAAGGCCCAUGUAUACACAUCACACUGUGUGCAGACUACAACUGCUUAAUUGUGAAAAUUGUCUGUUAGUGGUGAAAAUGCCAAAAAAAUUAACACACUUUUGGCAUGCAAGAGAAUUUUUAUAGUAUUUCAGUAGUUACAAAAUGUGUCUAGCUGCUGCUGAAAACUCUGUGAAGUAUGACAAAUCUGUGUCACCUCAUUAAAUAUGUUAUCUCACCAUACUGGUCAUAAAAUGUUGAGGCCCACAUCAUCACAUCAGUUUUAUGGAAAGAAUUCCUUGAUGUUCACAUAAUUCCAGUUUGUGUGUGUAUCCCAUUUCAUGCCAUCCUUAAGGUGUAGGACAAAUGACACUGGCUUUAAAUUUUCGCAUUAGCAAAUUUUAUUUUUAUGUUCCUCAUUAUUAAUAUUCAUUCAUUUUAAUCUUCUUUACACUCUCUUUAGAUAAGUGAUAAGUUUCAGAAGGUCUGCAUAUUCCUGAUGUUUCGCCAGUACCAAUAACUAUGUAUGCUUUACUACUUCAUACUUACCAGAUGUGACAGGAAAGGGAACAGCUUACCUAAAACUGUGUGACAUUAGAAAUUAUGACAUGUUCACUAUAAGUGCAAACUGUAUGGGUAUUGAAUGUGGUGCAUCUCCAGUUUAUUUAAAGCAUUGGUGUAAAUCUACAACACAGAUGCCAAAAAAGAUUAUUUCAUGUGCAAUAAAGAUUAUUGUGUCAUCUCGCUUUAUAUAUCUGUUAAUGAUGAUGAUGGCAGCAGUUUUGACGCUUUCGUACUAUUUCCCUAACUAAUGAAUUUUUGUUUACAGACUCUUCUGAACCUGAUAGAUGACAUUCUGUGUGACCAGUGAAUGGGAAGGGAUUUGUAAUUUAUCAGAUCCUUACAUUACAAAUAGAGUGGUGUUUAUUUCAUUUUUAAAAAAGAAAAAAAGCUUCUGUGUUGAUUUCUUAAAAUUUCUUGGUCUUCAAAAUGCUUUAAAUCAAAAGCUUUUGCCUCAGGAAAUGAGAAGUUACAUCUUAUGAUUGUACAUGACAAACUGAUUUUGUAAUCCUCUUGUAACAUCUUUCAUUAUUAUUGUUCUUCAAGUAUCCAUCAACCAGUUAAAAUGUGCCUUAUUGGUUAUGGAUCUCCCUUUUUCCUCAAGACAGAAAUGUCAUAUUAAAAUUUUAGUCACAUUUCUGGAAACAGAUAGCUUGAUAUAAACUUGUGCUCAUGUGUACUUCAUAGAUCAACUUUGUGUGUGUGUGUGUGUGUGUGUGUGUGUGUGUGUGUGUGUGUAACAAACUGGCUACAAUCAUUCUAAUUUGUGAUGACUGCCAGGUUUUAUACACUGCAAAUCUUUUACUUUCCAUUUUAGAUAUUACUGUCUACUGUGUGUCCAGUUUGUCUUAUGUACACCACAAUUACAAAGAAUUGUUGACAUUGCAAUCUUGUUUAGAAGAUUUCAUCUAUAUUUGAUUUGGCCAUUAAUUCUAGCCAUUGCAUUGAAAAAAAAAAUCUAAAAAUAAUUUUCCAAAAUCACUUCCAGUUUUCCAUUGGUGUUAAUAUGAUCUUGCAAAAAUGUGUUUGCAGUCAUAUGAGGAAAAUUGUUUUUAUGAAUGCUGAACACUUCACAAUGUGUGGAUAUAUCAACAGUGCUAUGAUAGUUGAUUUAUUUCGCAAUAGUUUUUUUGUCAUCAUUUAAAAAAUUCUGUAUGCAGAAGAUUUCUUUUCUGCUGCUUGCAGCUCCUCUUUCUGCAACAUUUGCUGGAAAAAGAAAGUUAUCAUUUCAGAAAUGUUAACAUUGUGAAAUUGUUUUUAUAGAUGAAUUUAUCCACAAAACACUUCCACUGGCAACAACAGCAAUUAUCAUAUCUCUUUAUGUUGAAAGAAGAGGUUCUUGUGAUUUUGACAUUUAUUUUGUCAAUGACAUAGUAUCAUAAAAUAAUUUCAUAUUCUGACACACAAAAUCUUUUGUUAGGUUUUUAUUUAUUUAUUUAUGUUUAGAUACCUACAAUAUACUGACAGUUUCCUCAAGCAAGAGAAGUAAGAUGUUAUCUAAACUAAUUUUGAGUAAAAUACAUCUUUACUUUAAAGUUUUUUAAUUGGGAUUAAUAUUAGUAAUGACUGUGGUAUUAGAUAUUGUGAUCUGUAGCCAGAAAUUUGAACUGCUAUACUCACUGCAGAUCACUCCCAAAAUAAAUGAAAUAAUUGUGCCCAUAGUUUGUCAUUUUUAUAUAUACAUAUCUUUCAGGUCCCUAAUUUUGUUAGCGUUGUGUGCCUAUGACCCAUACUUUGUGCACACUAAAGUGUACCUUUUUCUGUUUGAGUUUCAGAACAACAUUUUAGUUAUUUAUGCUGGCUUCUGGACAUUAUCCUUAUAUUUCUAGACAGUAGAUUGUAUGGUUGUUGAAUUUUUGUCACUAAUUGUAGUUUAUGGUGAGCCUAGCUUUGUUGCUGUUUUUGUGCAAAAGCUGUUACAGUCAAAGAUUCUACAUUCCAUAUAUUGUCACAUGUAGAUCCUACAAAAUGUGUUCAUUAUGUUCCAGAAGGUGAUACCAGCUUAUAUUUAAAUUUUAUAGAUUAGUGAAUUUGGAAAAUAUUUGUUACUUUUGGCAGAAGAUUAAGACAGCUUCUUGUUCUGUAAAAUUGCAGAGUGUAUUUGACACUGGUACCUGCUUAGCAUGUUGCAUUUGUAACUGUUUGUAGGCUCCGUCAUCAAUAAUCUCUUUGUUACUAAAAAAAAUAUCCUAAACAGAUUUUUUUUUUUCUCUAAUGAAGCUGUUGAUAUUAAGUUGAAGAGUAAAGUAAAGCAAAGCAGUACGCUCUUACCAUUGUUCUGCCUAGUCAUCAAACAUUUCUUUACUUUUCACUAUUCUAAUACAAGAUUUUAAUUAAAGAAAAAUACGUAACUUUUGUUCCUAAAUGUGAUUAAAAUUUCCCUUUCAUGUGUAAUUUCAAAGUGAUUGUAUUUUACGUUUUCCACAUUCUAACUAAAUUAUCAAGCUAUCUUUAUUUAUAAAAUAAUUACUUGCUUAUUUCUUAAAUAAACUGUUUCCAAUGUUACAUUCAAUAUACAUUUUCUCUCUCUUUUCUUUAAAAUCUCUUUUAAAAAUCAUUGUUCGUUAUGACUGAAGGGUAAGAGUAUUAUUUCUUUCUGGUUCAUAAGUAAUUGGUUUACUUGGAAGUUUUGCAGUUUAUUAUGAAAUUGCCAAAUAUUGCAGUUGUAAAUGUAUGCUACAUUAUUGACUUUAUAAUCAUAUCAAUAUAUGUGUAAUUAUUCGUUUUGAGACUUUAAGUCCUUAAAGAAUGCCUUCUCUAUGUUUUCCAAUAUCUUAUUUUUCAUACUUAAACCUUAUUAUCUUUAAAAGAUUUUUGCAGACUCAUCUGAUAUUAAAUAUUGUUGGAGUAUAGUGUUAAACAGCAGAUCCUGUUUUAAUGUGAAUUAAUGCCUCCAUUGUACAAGUUUUUCUUGAACAGUUUUAUCUGAAAGAGGGUAUACUUCAUGUUCUGAGCUAUGCAUUAUAGAUGUUUAAGCGGCCACAAAAAUUACAUUCUCAAUUAAUAUCAUCACUAGAAUUGUAUAGAUCAGUGAGGUACUAUAAUGUAUCCAUAAAUUAUCAAUCACUGUUAUUGUUGUGAAUGAUUUGGAGCUUUGAAUAAUCCCACAUUCAUUUCCUUUGUGUUCAAACUGAUUUUAUAUUGUAAUUAAUCAGUGGAAACCUCACCAUAAUGUCAGAAGUUGUACAAGGACCUUGUCUGUGUGCUAACAACUAAUGUAAAAUAACAUACUUAUGAAAAAUCUGAAUGUACAAAUGUGUGUUAAGAGAUUAAACUACUUCCUGCCAGAGAUACUAACAUCCUUUGAUAAGGAAUUUUGAAAUGUGGAAAAAUCAGAUUGAUAGUGUUCACUAUUCUUCUAGUAUGAAUAUGAGCAGAACUUCCCAUCUGGUCACUCACUACAGAUGACAAGAUUUUCUAUUUAUUGUUGGCAUUAAAGCUCCAAGUCAUUCCAUUUUGACGAUGGUAUUAUUCAGCACUUUAAACUAAUUACAAAAGUGGUUUUAGUAGAUGAAAAUCGAUAAGGCAUGAAAGCAUAUGUGAGCUACAAACUAACACUCUGUAUCUCUUAUACUGCUCUAGAUGAAGAAUCAAGAGUUAUUCAUUGGUCAGACAUUAUCUUUGCUCUUCCUUGUCCAGGCAUACUGUAAGAUGUUAGGUUCUUCAAAUAUGUGCUUUAGGUACACUUUUUGUGAUAAUUGUGGUUAAUAAUUUUGAAUCCAUUUCAGCUGUGAAAAGAAAAAUAUCAUCUUGUAUUUUGAAAAUCAGUAUUUAAUGUGUUAUUUUUUGAGGACAGUCUUUUGUGAGCUUUUAUGUACAGCUCUCACAUAGGAAAGAAGUGAACUCAUUGUUGAAGUUGAGAAAAUUAUUUCUCACUAUUUCCAUUUGCAUUUAUUAUAACUGUCUCAGUUUUCCUAAGUAGUUGAUUUAUUUCACAGCAAUAUUGUUUUAGAAAGUAUUGCUAGACUGUUUGCUAUUUUAUGUUACUGCCAAUUUUGUGUAUUAAGUUGUCCACUGAUAUUGUUGAAAGUGGUUACUGAUUUUCAGUUAGUAUGUAGAAAUGUACACUCCAGUGGAUCCUGGUCAUCGUCAGUGCACAGUGCACAGUCGUGCUUUGAGGGAGGAACUGUAAUAAGUGUACGAGUGUUCACAAUGGAAUUGUGUAGUGAACUCAGUUUGGCUGUGACAUUAAUCCAAAGAAAUAUGUGCUGUGGGCAUUAUGGAACAUGGAAUUAAAAUAAAUGUGUCAGAUAAGUCCGAGUUCAUGUAAAGUUUUACCGUGUGCAUAAGGAGUCCCAUUAAAAAGAGCAAAGUUA